AAAACUGACGUGGCCGGGUUUGACGUCCAAGUCCAACAAUUAGCAUCCACGAAUGAAAUAUUUUGUGAACUUGUAGUAAAAUGCUUUAUUAAAGUGUAAUUAUAAUUUAAAACCAUAUUUUGUUAAAAAAGUGUUUAUAUAAAUAUAAAAAAUGGCUACAUACGAAGAAUUUAUUCAACAAAAUGAAGAUCGAGAUGGAAUUCGUUUUGCUUGGAACGUUUGGCCUUCUAGUCGAAUUGAUGCAACUCGACUUGUGGUACCCUUAAGUUGCCUGUAUCAGCCCUUAAAGGAAAGACCAGACCUACCUCCAAUUCAAUACGAUCCUGUAUUAUGUACACGCAACAAUUGUCGAGCUAUUCUAAAUCCCUUAUGUCAAGUUGACUACAGAGCUAAAUUAUGGGUUUGCAACUUUUGUUUCCAACGAAAUCCGUUUCCUCCUCAAUAUGCAGCUAUUUCGGAACAACAUCAGCCUGCCGAAUUAAUUCCAUCUUUCUCGACUAUCGAAUAUACAAUAACCAGAGCUCAAUGUUUACCUCCAAUAUUUUUAUUUUGUGUGGAUACUUGUAUGGAUGAAGAAGAGUUGGGUGCUUUAAAAGAUUCUUUACAAAUGUCUCUGAGUUUAAUACCUCCAACAGCUCUUGUGGGAUUAAUUACUUUUGGAAAAAUGGUGCAAGUUCAUGAAUUAGGAUGCGAUGGAUGUAGUAAAUCAUUUGUGUUUCGUGGUACAAAAGAUUUACAAGCAAAACAAAUUCAAGAAAUGCUUGGUAUUGGAAAGUAUGCGGUUCCAGCAGCACCUGGAACUCAACAAAUUCCUGGGCAACAAAUACCUGGCCGACCUGCUGCUCCAGGUAAAUUAAAAUUUAUUGAAAUCAAGAAAUUUUCUAAUGAAAGGUUUUUUAUAGCUGCGCCAGGUGGUCGUUUUAUUCAACCAUUAUCUACAUGUGAUAUGGCAUUAACUGAUUUGAUUGGUGAAUUACAACGUGACCCAUGGCCUGUUGGUCAAGGAAAGCGUUACUUACGUUCAACUGGAGUUGCAUUGUCCAUUGCUAUCGGUUUAUUAGAGUGUACAUAUCCAAAUACAGGAGCUAGAGUUAUGAUGUUCCUUGGUGGACCUUGUUCCCAAGGACCUGGUCAAGUUGUUAACGAUGAUUUGAAACAACCAAUUCGUAGUCACCACGAUAUUCAUAAGGAUAAUGCAAAAUAUAUGAAAAAAGGCAUUAAACAUUACGAUGCGUUAGCUUUGCGUGCCGCUACAAAUGGACACGCGGUCGAUAUUUAUUCGUGUGCUUUGGAUCAAACCGGGUUGAUGGAAAUGAAACAGUGUUGUAAUUCCACUGGGGGUCAUAUGGUAAUGGGAGAUUCUUUUAAUUCAUCACUUUUUAAGCAAACAUUCCAACGUGUAUUUCUGCGUGAUCAACGAAAUGACUUAAAAAUGGCGUUUAAUGGAAUAUUGGAAGUUAAAUGUUCUCGGGAAUUAAAAAUUAGUGGAGCUAUUGGAUCAUGUGUAUCAUUGAAUACAAAAUCACCAGCUGUUUCGGAUUCAGUCAUCGGAUUAGGCGGAACAUCACAAUGGAAAUUCUGCGGGUUAGAUCCAAGUUCUACAGUGGCCAUAUUUUUAGAAGCAGUUGGAGCGCAUGGACAACCGGUUCCACAAGGAGGUCGUGGCUGUGUACAAUUUAUAACACAAUAUCAACACAGCAGUGGUCAAAAACGUAUUCGUGUCACUACUGUAGCUAGGAAUUGGGCUGAUGCUUCAAGUAAUUUACAACAUGUAAGUGCUGGUUUUGAUCAAGAAGCAGCAGCAGUUUUAAUGGCACGUAUGGUCGUUUAUCGAGCAGAAAGUGAUGAUGGUCCUGAUACAUUACGAUGGUUAGAUCGGACAUUAAUACGUUUAUGUCAGAAAUUUGGAGAGUAUAAUAAAGAUGAUCCAAACAGUUUUCGUUUAGCUGAAAAUUUCACAUUAUAUCCACAAUUUAUGUAUCAUUUACGUCGCUCACAAUUUUUACAAGUUUUUAAUAAUUCACCAGAUGAAACGUCAUUUUAUAGACACAUGUUAAUGAGAGAAGAUUUAACGCAAUCAUUAAUCAUGAUUCAACCAAUAUUGUACAGUUAUAGUUUUAGUGGACCACCAGAACCUGUUCUGUUGGAUACAUCAUCAAUUCAACCAGAUAGAAUAUUAUUAAUGGAUACAUUUUUCCAAAUUUUAAUUUAUCACGGAGAGACAAUUGCACAAUGGAGAGCCUUAAAAUAUCAGGAUAUGCCUGAAUAUGAAAACUUUAAGCAACUAUUACAAGCUCCAAUAGAUGAUGCCCACGAAAUAUUGAGCACAAGAUUUCCAAUGCCACGAUACAUUGAUACAGAACACGGUGGCUCACAAGCCAGAUUUUUAUUAUCCAAAGUGAAUCCAUCACAGACGCAUAACAAUAUGUAUGCCUACGGUGGGGACGGUGGUGCACCUGUAUUAACUGAUGACGUAUCACUACAAGUAUUUAUGGAUCAUCUUAAAAAAUUAGCUGUUUCGUCUACAUCGUAAACUGGAAGUUUUAUCAAAAUUCUCAUUGUUUUUCUUUGGCCAAUAUAUUAUUAAUACAACUC